CUUACCUUAUGCAUGACCCUCCCUACCCCUCACUGUGGCACCUAUUUGCUUGCUCGUUGCCGCCUCUGCAGCCUCCGACUUUACUGGAUCACGCUGGGAGAGGAUUUCACCGCUACUAACUAAAAAUGACUCGACGCGGUCACAGUGGGAAACACGGCACGAGAGCGCCCUUCCCUCGCCGACAGCCCAGCCCUCUCUUGCCGUCAUCAUCACUCACCGUCGCCUCCUACGCUCUCGACACUCCUACGCCGCGUACGCUGAGUUCCAUGGCGCGAUCGUGCUGCUUUUCAAACCUCAAGCGAUGGUCAAGGAAGAGAAGCGGGCACUCCAGCUGCCCAAGCAGCAGUUGCUCAUUCUCGCAAUAUGCCGCUUCGCAGAGCCAGUGGCCAUGACCUCGGUCUACCCCUACAUUCCUGAAAUGAUACAGUCCUUCAACGUCCCCGCCGACAAGGUCGCUCGAUGGGCUGGUCUCAUGUCUGCCACCUUCUCGCUUUCACAAUGUGCGACCGGCAUAGCAUGGGGACGGGCCUCCGAUCGGUUCGGUCGAAAACCCGUCAUCCUCCUCGCCUUGACAUGCACCAUGAUAUCCAGUAUCUUGUUCGGUUUCUCGAAAAAUCUGACGUGGGCAUUCAUAACGAGGUCGUUCCAAGGCCUGUCGAACGGCAAUGUGGGCAUUAUAAGAACGGCGGUCGCGGAACUGGUACCACAAAAAGAGUUGCAGCCAUUGGCAUUUAGCAUCAUGCCGCUGGUCUGGAAUAUCGGAAGCAUAUUUGGGCCUUCCUUUGGCGGCUCGCUGGUCCAUCCUGCCGAACGAUACCCCAAGCUUUUUGGGAAGUUCAAACUACUCAAAGAAUAUCCCUUUGCCCUACCCAACCUCCUCAUCAGCAUCCUGUUUUUGUGCGGAAUAUCGGCUGGCUUUCUUUUCCUCCGCGAAACAUUGGAGGACAAAAAGUCAAGACGGGACUAUGGGCUGCUGUUGGGAAAGUUGAUCACCGCACCAUGCACUCGGAAGAAGCGACACGUGCGGGCAUUUUCUACAGAUGAGUCCGAUCCUUUCCUACCUGGCGCCUCAAGCGAGAUGUCUUCGCCGGUCGCAACGUCAGCAGCCAAGCCUGCUCAAAAGCCGUCUGGGUGGUCGGAAGUUUUCUCGAGGCAGUCAAACAUCAACCUCGUGGUCUAUACCUUUCUUGCCAUGCAUUCGGUGGCUUAUGACCAGUUGCUACCGAUUUUCAUGCAUUACCCUGUCCAGUCCCUUCGGGACCCAAACGUACACCUGCCACUGAAAUUUGCCGGUGGAUUCGGGAUUGACUCGAACAGAAUCGGUCUUUUGUUUACUGUCUACGGCAUCUUUGGCAUGCUCGUCCAGUUCUUUAUUUUCCCAUCAUUUGCACGGCGAUUCGGGGUCUUGAAUUGUCUGAAGGCGUGUUCACUCACCUUUCCCCUCGUCUACAUUGCAACCCCGUUUACUGCAUUAUUGCCUACAGACUCGUCAAGGCAGGGAGUUAUGUUGCUGCUGAUGCUCGUCAAGGGGUUUUGCGGCAUUUUUGCAUUUCCAUGCUCGACAAUCCUGCUUACGAACAGCGCCGCUAGUCUCAAGAUCUUGGGUACAUUGAAUGGUGUUGCAACUAGCAUUUCGGCUGUUGGCCGAGCGGCUGGACCUGCGCUUGCCGGCAACGCCUUCACUGCCGGAGUUGACCUGGGUUACGUUGUCAUUUCUUGGUGGACAUUGGCUACGGUCGCCAUGAUCGGCGCUGUUCCUAUAUGGUCGCUGGUGGAAAUGGAGGGGUUCAGUGCAAACCAGGACGGCGACGACGAUGACGAUGAGGAGAACGAGUUUGAGGAGGACGAAGACAACGACGCAAAAACGUCGGCCAUCCCCUCUACCCAAGCCCACUCUCGUCAUCCUUCUGGAAGUGUUAUUAGCGAGGACCCUUUUGUAGACGAGAGUUUGCCAGGCUCCGGGCCGUUGACAAGGUCGACUACUAGGGAUUCCUACACUCCAGCCCGGCGUCACAGCCUCAAUCUGCAUCGGAUCGCAAGUCCCAUCGGUUUGGGUCCGGGAGUCAUUCCUCACGGAGCGAGGAGAUACAGCAGUGAUCUUGGUGCCACGAGAAGUGGCUUGGGCGCCGGAGGCACGAGUUACUAUUAAAGCCUUGAGAGAAAAGCAUAUAUUGUUCAGAUAGUCACGGUCCAGAUAUAUGACCAAAGCGGUCAAGAACACCACAUUGUCCGAACCUCAUGACCCAGAUAGCGGAGUCCGCUCCCACAUAUGUGCAUAACAAUUUUCGUUGGUAGAUCACUUGAGCAAAUCUGUAGCUGCGUGUAGUCGUUCC